ACAAAAAAACGCGUCUUCUCUUGUUCAGAACAAACACAAACGCGACUUCUCUUCUUCUUCUCCAAAUUCCAAUCGCUGAUCACUCCAUCCAAACUCUUUUUCUUCCGCGGCCGCCGCUGCUACCACCUCCUUCUCCAAUCUCCAUGACUCCAUCCAUCUUCUCUGUUGUCUAAAGUCUCCACAAACCCUAGCGGCCGCCUCUGCUCCAAUCGCAACCGCCCGCAACCGCCGCUGCGACCACCUCCUUCUCCAAUCUCCAUGACUCCAUCCAUCUUCUAUGUUGUCUAAAGUCUCCACAAACCCUAAUUCUUGUAAAUUGCAAGGUGGAAAAGUUAAGAUGAAGUUUCAAAGAAUCGAUUCUAUUUUCAAGAGGAAGGCCGUUGAUAUUCAAAAAGAUGAAGUUAUAAUUUCUUCAUCCGAACCUGAAUAAGUUCAUGAGAAUCCAAGAAUGGAAGAAAAUGAGUCCUGUCCUUCAAAGAUUAAUAGAGUUGAUCCGGAUGACAUUGAAAAUUCUUUAGAAAGGGAUCCAGGAAAACGUAUUCCAAUUUACCAAUAUCCACCAAAUCAAAAGGAUGCAAUACGAAGAGCCUAUCUAAAAUGGGGUCCUUAUCAAUCAAACUUAGAAAACUAUCCCAUGUCCGGUAUCGGGAAAGCACAAAGGAGGUUUCAACACAGUUGGUUUAGCUUGUUUUCUUCGUGGCUAGAAUAUUCGCCAUCGGAAGAUGCUGCCUAUUGCUUACAAUGUUAUCUAUUUAGCAACAAACCAAGUGGACGUCCUGGAUCAGAAGUAUUCAUUUCUACUGGCUUUAGAAGUUGGAGGAAAGUUAGGAAUGGAGAGAAUUGUUCCUUUCUUAAACAUAUAGGGAAGGAUCCUCGCUCACCACACAACAAUGCAAUGAAAGCUUGCCAAGACUUCUUGAAUCAAGAUGGGCAUCUUAGGAAUGUUAUUGAAGUGCAAAGUUCGAGUCAAAUUCUGAAUAAUCGACUAUGUCUCAAGACUUCAAUUGACACUGUUCGUUGGUUAACAAUUCAAGCUUGUGCUUUUAGGGGUCACCGUGAAGGAAACAAAUCGAGAAAUCAAGGUAAUUUUCUUGAAUUGUUAAAACUUUUAGCAUCCUACAAUGAUGAAGUUGCAAAAGUUGUGUUGAAAAAUGCUCUAGAAAAAUGCAAAUAUACUUCACAUCAAAUCCAAAAAGAGAUAUUGCAAAUUCUUUCUAGUAGGGUGAGAAAACAUAUUCGUGAAGAAAUUGGUGAUUCUAAAUUUUGCAUCGUCGUUGAUGAAGCUUGUGAUGAGUCAAAAAAGGAACAAAUGGCUCUUGUGUUAAGGUUUGUUGAUAAAGCUGGUUUGAUACAAGAGAGAUUUUUUGAUGUGGCACGUGUUAAUGACACUGCUUCCUUAACUCUUAAGGAAGCAGUAUGUGGUAUACUUUCUCGACAUAACCUUGAUGUUUCUAACAUUCGUGGUCAAGGGUAUGACGGUGCUAGCAAUAUGAGAGGAGAAUGGAAUGGUUUACAAGCACUUUUUAUGAAAGAUUGUCCUUAUGCUUACUAUGUCCACUGUUUUGCUCAUCGGUUGCAACUUGCCUUAGUUACUGCAUCAAGAGAAGUUGCAUCAAUUCAUAAAUUCUUUGAGAAGCUGACUUUUGUUGUCAAUGUUGUUGGUUCUUCUACUAAGCGCCAUGAUGAGUUACAAGCUGCCCAAGCAAAAGAAAUCGAAAAUUUGUUAGAGACUGGGGAGAUUGUAACUGGUAAAGGUAAAAACCAAGUUGGUACUGUGAAAAGAGCUGGAGAUACUCGUUGGGGAUCACAUUUCAACUCUAUUUGUAGCUUGAUAAGUAUGUAUGAAGCAACUUGUACAGUUUUGAAAAUCAUUGCAAAAGAUGCAAAAAAAUUUGCCCAACGUGCGGAUGCUGAUAGUUCUUACAAUCACCUAAAGUCUUUUGAUUUUAUAUUUAUCUUGCAUUUGAUGAAAGAAAUUAUGGGGACAACAGAUUUGCUUUGUCAAGCCUUGCAAAAACAAUCUCAGGAUGUUGUUAACGCUGUAAUUUUGGUUCGUUCAACAAAAGCUCUUAUUCAAGAUUUGAGAGAAAAUGGUUGGGAUAAGUUGUUUGCCAAUGUCGUGUCUUUUUGUGAAAAACAUGAUAUUGAGGUUCCUGACCUCAAUGAUUGUCAUUCAACAACAAGAUUUGGGCGUUCUCGCCUUGAAGAGAAUCAGGUAAGAAUAGAACAUUAUUUCAGAGUUGAAAUUUUUUUUACUACCAUUGACAAACAAUUGCAAGAGUUGAAUAGCAUAUUUAGUGAGCAAGCAAUGGAUUUGUUGACUCUAAGUUGUGCUUUGUCUCCAGAGGAUGGAUAUAAAGCUUUUGACAUUAACACUAUAUGUACUCUUGUUGAAAAAUAUUAUCCCAUGGAUUUUAGUGACCAGGAGAAGAUUAAUUUGCCAUUUCAUCUUAAACAUUUCCUUUUUGAGGCUCGUGAAUCAUCAACUUUGAAAAAUUUAUCAACUAUUCAAGAAUUAUGCUCAUGUUUGGCUGCUGCCAUUCCUGCCAAUGGGCAACCCAAAAAACACUUGUUGCUUGAUAGGUUGUUGCGUCUUGUUAUGACUCUUCCGGUUUCUACAGCCACAACUGAAAGAUCUUUUUCAGCAAUGAAAAUUAUCAAAUCUAAGUUGAGAAACAAGAUGGAACAUGGGUUUUUAGCAAAUAGCAUGUCAGUUUACAUCGAAAGGGAUAUUAGUGAGUGUAUUAGUUAUGAAUCAAUUAUUGAUGAUUUCAAGUCACUCCGGAAGCGUAAAGUGCGUCUUUAGGUAUGUAAUGAUCGACUUUAUAUAUUAUGUAGUUUAAAUUUUGAAUGAUUGGUUUUUGGUUUAUUUUGAAUGAUUUAUAUAUUAUAUUUUAGUUUAUUUUGAUGGCGGGAUGACGGCCACCCCAAACAUUUUUGUCUGGCUCCGC